UGAUUUUUAUUGUUUACAUAGAUUUGUCUGGAAAUACAAAGAAAACACUUCAAACAAAACAGCGUUUCAGAGUCAAACAUGUCCAAAGCACUCUCAAACAAAUAAAUUAAACCCCCCCAAAGAAAUUCCCUUUUUGAAACUCAAAAAGUAGUACUUUCAACAAAGCUUCUAUCUCUCUCACACAGUUUACUCCGCUCCUCUUCUCCUUUUCGUGCUCUUCGCCUUUCCCAACAGGUCUAAUUUCAGGUUCUAAUUUUCGGAGUUGGCUGGUGAAACUUCAAGCUGCAUCUGCGGUGGGUUUCAGGUGGAAUUUAGGACUGAUAUAGUUGUUUUCGUAGAGUUUUCUUUUCUUUUUUUUUUUUUUCCAGAAUUUGUGAAAAUAAAGUGGCUGAAGUAAGAGCAACUAUAUGGGAAUUCAGACAAUGGGGUCCCAAGGUGACGGUGGUAGUAAUGGCAAACAGUUGCAAUGUCAGCCGAUAACGCGGCAAAAUUCGAUGUAUAGUCUCACGCUGGAUGAGGUCCAAAAUCAAUUGGGUGACUUGGGAAAACCUCUAAAUAGCAUGAACCUAGACGAGCUUCUCAAGAAUGUAUGGACCUUGGAGGCCAACCAGACCUUGGGUACGGAAACUGAAGGAACUGCGGUGACCAAUCAAACCUCUCUGCAACGUCAGGCGAGUUUGUCAUUAACUAGUGCUUUGAGCAAGAAGACAGUUGAUGAGGUUUGGAAAGAUAUUCAACAGAAUAAAAUCGAUGGGGAAAAGAAAUCUAGAGAAAGGCAGCCUACCCUUGGAGAAAUGACAUUGGAGGAUUUUCUUGUGAAAGCCGGAGUUGUCGACGAAGCUUCUAAUGAUGAAAAUGCCAGACCUAUUGCUGGGGUCGAUCUUAGUGUUGCACCGCAGUUUGCACAACAAGGUCAGUGGAUGCAGUACCCGCAGCAACCACAAUAUCAUCAUCCACAACAAAGUAUAAUGGGGGUUUAUAUGCCAGGCCAACCUAUGCCACAGCCUUUAGCCAUAGGGACUACUGGUGUAAUGGAUGUCUCUUACCCGGAAAACCAGUUGGCAUUGCCUUCGCCUUUGAUGGGGACAUUAUCGGAUACUCAGACAUCUGGAAGGAAAAGAGGUGCCCAUGAGGACAUAGUUGAAAAAACUGUUGAAAGGAGACAGAAAAGGAUGAUAAAGAACAGGGAAUCUGCAGCACGUUCACGAGCUAGGAAGCAGGCUUAUACUAAUGAACUGGAGAACAAAGUCUCACGUUUAGAAGAGGAAAACGAAAGGCUGAGGAAACAGAAGGAGCUCGAUAAGAUGCUGCCAUCUGCACCACCGCCCGAGCCAAAAUAUCAGCUUCGUAGAACAUCAUCGGCCCCAUUCUAACAAUUCCCGCAGUGGGUAAUGUGGAAGUUAUUGCAUAUACAAACCAGCUGCUGGCUUCUGUUUCUAAGUUACAGUUGAGGCAUAAGUUAAAAAACCGAGCACCACAAUCUGCAAUGCAUCGUCCGGAGGCUGUCAUUGUUUCAUACACCGUUGAUGGGCUUCUGUUUCUAAGUUACAGUUGAGGCAUAAGUUAAAAAACCGAGCACCGCAAUCUGCAAUGCAUCGUCCGGAGGCUGUCAUUGUUCCAGACACCGUUGAUGGCUGAUUCCAACUUGUAAGAGUUUACCUUUUUUUUUUUUUUGGUCUUGUAUCUACUUUUUUGACUAUGAAAAUCAAUUCAAACUGGCAAUUUCAUGUUUCCUUUGCUUACUGUCUCUAACCAUUAAAGUUGGUAAGGUUUGUCCCCAAA